AUGAGCAAGGCCUGGGGCCGCACCAUCUCUAGCCCCGCCUUCUGCCGCCGCCUCCACGAGUUCCAUCGGACGCCCCCCGUGCUCGGCUUCCUCCAUAACUGGCGUCGGCAACCCAUCCUCCGCUUCAUCCCCACCACCGCCUCGUCCUUCUCCCUCACCGCCCCGGACUGCCGCUCCUGGCGGGCCCUCGACUUCCGCCACAGCCGCGCCGUCUUCCUCUCUGAGGACCAGAAUGUUGCUCAGGAGCUCCUUGUGUGGGAGCCAAUCACGGGCGCCCAGUGGCGCGUACCGGUGCCCGAGCUGUUCGAGGCCAUCAGCGUGUGCACGAACACUCUGUGUGGAAUCCCCAAGGAGAUGUACCCGGGCGCGGCCAUGUUCUGCGCGGCAGAUGGGUGCGACCACCGCGGGCACUGUCGCGGGGAUUCCUUCGGAUUGGUCUUGGUAUUCACUGACUUUUCCAUGGCCGAUCCAUACGACGACAAGGAGUUUGAGAUAUGGGCGUGCGUGUUUUCGUCGGAGACCGGCAUGUGGGAGUGGGACAAGCUGAGCUCGAUGAUCAGGAGCAAGUUCUGCAUGGAAUUCACAUCUUCUUCCAGCGUGCUCGUUGGGAGCUCUCUGCUCUACUUCAUGUGUGAUGAUGAGGUGAUCCUGGAGUAUGACUUGGCAAGGCAUGGCAUGGCCGUGAUUAAGCCACCAAAAUACAGGGCAGGCCAGGUGGAGAGAUUUAACAUCAUGCGGAUGGAGGACGGUGGUCUAGGAGUAGGCGAAUACUUGGAUCCGAAUCUCAAACUAUGGAAAAGGGAGGCUAGCAACGCCGCUGAUUCACAGUGGGUGCUGAGCCGGGUCAUCAACCUAGGCAAUUUGGUCCCAAUUGGUGCUCCCCUGUAUCCAGAUGAUUGUACAGUGCAGGUGAUGGGUUUUGCUGAGGGAGCAAAUGUCAUUUUAUUAACCACGGUUGCAGGCCUAUUCACAGUCGACAAUCAGAGAAGGCAAGGAAGGUAUGCACUGAUCGUGGUUUUUGUAACUUGA